CCAAGGAAAGAAUUGUUUAAUUGAACAGAUUUAUUGAAAUUAAUAAGUAAAAUAUUUUAGUCUAUGAAGCCUUUUGAGGGUUGGACCAGACUGGAUCAGUUUAUUUACCAUCUUAACACAAUGACUUUAAAAGGCAGCUUUGUUACUGCUCACUAACAUGGGGCUUUUUGCUCACGGACACUUUGACACCCCCUGUAAAAACCGUCAUCUUGAAAAGAUGUUUAGAUGGUUGUGAGAGGAAGUAACUCAUAAGGUUGGAAUCCUGUGGGAGAAAGGAAACUGAAAUGAAAUAAAUAAAAGUGAAGAAUAGCACACAGUCUAAUCCUACUAUCAGUUUGUGCAAUAAUCUAUAAUCUGAUAUAUCCAAUGUCUCCUCAGCUACUGUACACAGCUCAGAAUACAUCAGGCGGCUUGACAGACGCUUGUCCUGUGAGCAUGUGGACGUAUCAGAUGAUAAGGUGGACUAAAGCCUAUAAAUACAGCUGCCUGAGUCUCCCGGUGAGCCACUGUUUAAACUCUGCUGCAACACCUGAGGAUCUCUGCUGUCUCCGUCCUCCCUCCUGCCUUUAACUAUUCAUUAUUUAGGUUCAGCUCUUCCUAUAUGGAGAGAGGCGCCGCUGGAAGAGGCGUCUUUUUUAUGUGUUUUUUCAUGAAUUAAUUAUUCGCGUCCUCGAUGUAUUAAAACGAUGUUUUCUUGUGCGUAAAAUGCCGCGCUCAGUGCGUCCUGGCGCGGACGAUUCCUUGGAAAAUGUGCGGUGUCAGUCGCGUUUCCUUCACGCCCCGCUAUCGUGGAUCGGUGCUGAGCAGGAGUGGCAUCUCGGCGACAAAAUCUGGAUGAAAGAGCGUCCUUUAGAGCUCAGGCAUGCAUCGAGUAAUGAGAUCAUUGGCGUUAUAAAUAUCCCCGUGCCAGCAGAACAACUCCAGCUACUGCAGCCGGGGUAAUGCCCAGGAGCGCUGCACGCGUGUGUGCGCACGGUUUCUGGUGCCCAGACCUCAGGAGCGACACCAAAAUGCUAGAAGUGGCCUAGCGAGGGUCUCCUUUUUGGAAGAAUGAAUGUUCCUCUUUACCUUCUGACCUUCGCUCACUUGAUUUGCGCCGCCGCCGGAGGAGAGCACGUCUCUUUGGAGCGCCAACUUCUGGAAGAGGGGAUCCGCUCGGGACGCAGGACUUGCAGGCUGUACUGUAGGGUUGGCAUCGGCUUCCAUCUCCAGAUUCAUCCCGACGGCAGAGUCAACGGCAGCCAUGAGCCCAACCAGCUGAGUGUCCUGGAGCUCUUUGCGGUUUCUCAGGGGGUCAUCGGCAUCAAAGGGGUCUACAGUAACAGAUUCCUGGCCAUGAAUAAAAGAGGACGGCUCCACGCCACUGAAUGGUUCACAGACGACUGUAAGUUCAGGGAACGUUUCCAGGAGAACAGCUACAACACUUACGCCUCAGUAAUCCACAGGAACCACAGGACUGGUCGCGAGUGGUUUGUGGCCCUCAAUAAGAGAGGGAAAGCUAAAAUGGGCUCCAGCCCGCGGGUCAAAUCCCAGCACGUCUCCACCCACUUCUUGCCGAGGGUCAGCCUGCACGACAAGAGCGAGCGAGGCUUCACCAUCACAGACAGGAGCAAAGAGAGGAGGAAAUCUCCGCCGCCAGCACCGCCCAAACCCCCCGUGGCGAAGGCCAACGUCCAUGCGGGAACAGCACCGAGACGUCAAGUCAAGUACUGGCCCAAGUACCGGUUUGGAUAGAUAUCACAUGGUUUGUCUCUGUCUGGGGGAGACAAGGGUCAUAGACAUUGGACAGAUAAGUAAUGGACGUGCCCAGAAAACUGACAAUGGUCAUUUAUCACAUUCAAAGCAUUCCGGGUAUCUAUGAAGGGUGUGAAAAACCUUAAAGGGCUGCCAGGUACAACUACUGAGCGUUUCUUUUCUGAAGCUGUGAUCAAAGUUGGGAGUUGCCUUUCCACUCUGUCCUGUGUCAUCAGUUGUGUACAUGGUGAGCUUCAGCAGUGACCCAGUCCUGUUGAACCUGAUGCUGUUAACUGUCUUUAUAUUCUGAGUGAAACUUACUUGAAGUUAUUUCUGAUUUAUGCAUCAAAGAUUGAAAGGUCAUCCAUGUUGUUCUGCUAGCUGAAUGAAAUAUCCUCAAUGGACCAUGUAAUGUCCUCCAUUAUUUGUUUGUCAGUGAGGAACUGUCCUAAAAUUAUAGGGUAAGUGCAGACUAACUUUAAAAGAAGGUAGUCUGAACUUUACAGAAGAUUUUCUAACCCCAGAUUCAUAUUUAGUUGCUGUAAUUCCUUGUGAUUUAAAAAAUAUCUCAGAAUUUGGAAUUAGACAAAUUUAUGGCACCAUCGGUCACGAACGUGUUUUGCAGCAGAACAACAAACGUGUUUGUAUCAGAGGUUAAUUUUCCUCAUAAUCAACCAGUAGCUAUUAAUGAAGCAAUAUGUCAGUUUGGAUUUUGAUAAUUAUUAAUGAUUGAACAUUAACUCUAGAAAAGAGAGCAUGAUCUUUUAUAAGGUCUCAGCCCUCACCUUCAUUUUACAGUAGAUGUCAGUAAAGACACGGCAGGGGAGGCAAAUUUUUUAAAAUCUAAUUCUAAUUAGUAAAUAAUAAUGCUGGGGUUGUUUUUUUUUUGUUUUUAAAAAGUGAAACAGGUUUUGUACAGUCCCAUGAGAGAUGAAAUUAUGCAGCAAAGUCAAAUGGGAUGACACAGAUUUAAGUUAGUGUUAUUUCAGAGGUGAGUUGUGUCGUGUGCGACAGCUCUGGUUUGAACAGACUUAUUAAUGAAUUUAAUUUUGUUAUAUAUCACAAUUAUACGGCUCAAAAAAUGUUAAUUUAAAAGAAGACAAUUUAGAUAAAAGUAAGUAAGAUCAUUGAAAUAGAUCUAAAAUCAGGAAAGUAACAAGUAGCUUCUCAGAGCAAUGAAACUCAAUAGCAGCACAGACAUCAGGUCCAACCAUGUUAUAACAUCUAAUGACACUCCACCAUGUAGGUGAUAGUAAACAAACAACAGCUUAUUAACAUUACACGCUAAUUAUAUCACAGAUAUGUGUGUUCUCCCUGUUGGUUAAAAGGUAAAUUUGACUCUACGACAUGUUUACCAGCCUCUUCAGAGACAUGAGGCUCCUGUCUCCUUCCUAAACAUACACACCGACCAACUGUCCCUUCACUAACACCAGAUUUGUGAUAAUCAACAUGAAAAUGAAACCUGGCUCUCCAGAGACUCCCCCCUCCUCCUGGACAGCUGUGAGGGAUCAAGGAGCAAACUGUCCAUCAAAACUAUCAUUUUAGCGACCGGCUGUCCCCUCUGAAAAAUCCAGAGUCACGACCUCGCGGCAUUCCUCCCAGGAGCAGCACACACCUCCGUCACCACGGGGAUAAAGACGCCGAGAAAGAACGGAGCAGUGUUUUGGGGAAGGUUCAGGCUGUAGGUGUAUCAGAUGGCAGGCAGCCGUGGAAUGGUGGUGUGGGAUCAUACAAACAUCUCAGGGGAGGAAGACUGGGUUUGGUUGUGAAGACGACUGAAUGACCUUCCUGAGAGCCUGAACCAGAUAUUCAUGCUGUCUUUCAUUUAACUGUGUGACGUACUUGAGCUCGGGUGCAUUUAGCAGAGGCGUUCAAACCUGUGUAUUAACCUUUGGGAAAAUGGUCCAAAUACCUAACAAGACAAAGACCAAGAGUAACAGUAUGAAACAUCUGUCAACUUUGCAUUUACAAUCAGAAGAAACCUGAGUUCAGAUAUUUUUUAUGGUUAAGAUCACAGUGUUAUGGUGCACUGACACUGUACAUCUUUGAAUACAAAUCUUUUCAUACAACAGUGUAAUCCUAGUGAUUUACAGAUGUGGUUCUGUUCUGCCGUGUUGUUGCUCGUACAGGGUUCAGGCCUGGUCAUUUUCACAUGUAUUUCUUUAGAUAUUUCCCUCUGACUGUGCUAAUAAUCUGCUUUCAUGUGAGCCAUCAGUGAGAGACAGGGUGUUGCCAGUGUGUUGCAUUAGCCUGGCAGAGCUUUCAGCCAGUAAUGGAGAAAAUAAUGCAAAAGUACUCUCAGGUUUAGGUCUCGGAUUUGACAGUACAACGGAACCUGACAUCUGGAUGUGGGGUCAGGUUGUUAAAAACCUGCAAGGGCCAGGAUCUGGUCUCAUUGGUAAGGGUUGCACAGAUUGCUGCAAAAUAAUCAUGAAAUGCUAUUAUUAUAAUAAAAAAUGUUAGAAUCUAACAUAUCUGUACUUAUAUUUUCUAGAUCAUCACAAAAAGUCGUCUUCUUACAGGGGAAGACAAAGCAUUAAAAACGAGUGAUAUACCUCUCUUCUGUCAGGUUAAUACACAGGUUAAUACAGUGGAACAGACUGUGGCCAAUGGCAGCCAGUGUUCAGCAGGAGCCUGUAGCAGUUGGAUCUAUUUUUGCAGGUUAUCAGUUGACAGAGGUCCUGAGGGACUGUAGAUAUCUCGAUGCUGUUAGUUAGUUUUUUAAUGAUCCUCUGUGUCGUCGUCAUGUUGUGUGGUCUUCAUUCACAUCCCAAAGAAAUAUUUUUUGUACCAGAAUUUUUUAAGAAUAAAAACUUAUGUAUGAAGAAGAGUUUUAUAUGAUUAUUACAAAUAAAUAUAUCAGCAGAUAUUCACAUGCAUUAUGUUUUAUAUG